GGUUCCUCCCUGAGUCUCCUCUCCCCAGUCUACUGUGUCUGGUGGUGUGACUCCUGUUGGGUCCAGGUGGGGGGAUGUGUACCAGUGGUGUUCCAGCCAGCUCCAGCCAUGGGGUCAGCCAGUCGGGCUCCUCGUAUGCCCUGUGUGCCCUGGGGGUGGGGCUCAUAGCCCUGGGCAUCGUCAUGAUCGUGUGGACAAUGGUUCCCGGGGAUGCUACCCAGACAACCAAGACUUCAGGCAACUCCAGUAUAACGGUGCCAGCAGACCAUGGUGAGGAUGGGGAUGGUAAGGAGGGCAAGGAAGCAGCGAAGACCUUAUCAAUAGCCUAUGUGCUGGUGGGGGCGGGGCUGGCCAUGCUGCUGCUGUCUAUCUGGCUGGGGGUGAGGAACAAGCGGAGGAAGCGCCAGAGAAGACAGGAGACACGGGCCGUAGGCGUCCCCUUCGUGGACCAUGUGGCUGGGGAGGCAGGAGAGAAUUUAGAGGAGCCAGCCCCAGUCUACAACGUGCCCAGCUAUGAGGAGGCGGUCACCAGUGGCCAGUACCCCAUCCGCCAGAGCAACUUACGCCAGAGCACCUCCCAGCUGCCUUCCUACGAGGACCUCAUCAGUGCUGUGGAAAACGAGGGGGAGGGUUCAAGUUCUGCCCCAGUUAGGGAGGCUCAUCCUAGCAGUCCCACUCCUGAGCCCCAGCCUGCCGCUGCAGCCAACCCCCCCUCCCACAACAGCAGCCGGGCCAGCCGGAUACUACGGCCCCGCAGGGUACGCAGAAUCAAGUCUGAGAAACUCCAUCUGAAGGACUUCCGUUUUAACAUUCGCAACCCUACUGAUGCGAAGGUGACCAUUGAACCCAUCACUCCGCCGCCACAGUAUGACGACAAGAUGCCUGAGUUCUGACAGCACCCCCUAGCCUUGGAGGACUGGAACAGAUGGUAUAAUAAUAAUAAUGAUGCCUGGCUGGGAGUGUUCUUCCUUCACAUUGAGACAGACCCAGACAUUGUUGCUUUGAAUCAAGUAGUUUCUCAGCUCCAAUUUGACUCGUUUAUAGACUAAUUUAUUCGGGGGCUUAUUAUCCUAAUGUGCACUAUGCUCUCUGUUUAGAACACAGUGGCUCUGUUUUUAACUAUCGCCCUACAGAAGGCUUGACGGGGUGCUACGCCACUGCUUAUAACUAUAAGUUAACUAUCUAAGAUUCUCCAGCUCAGGGAUCCAGCUAUGCAUUUUGUUUGCUAACUUGCUAAGUGGCUAGCUUGCAAGAUCAAGCUUCUUGGUUACAGCAGAG